AUGACGAACAAUUUUCUAAUAUACAUACGAAAACAUUUAUCACUUAGAAUGUCGAUGUCUUAUAGUCAACCGAAUCUUAUAAUCCCCGAACUGGAUAACGAUCCAGCCAUUUUAAAAGUCAUCCAUGAUGGUGAAAAAUUAGAACGAGAAACUUAUCGUAAGGAAUUAAUGGAAAUUUUAAAAAUUCGUCCAACUACUCUACCUAAUUCGGAUCAAUCGAUUCCUCAAAAUAUAAAUCAUGAAAAUCUACAAGCAACACCAGGCAGUUGCAAUGUAACGGAUGUUGAUCGAACAAGUCAAAUAUGGAUUAAACGUACAGUACCCAUCACACCAACAUCGAACUCCUACCGUCGACAACAUUAUCGUUCAGCUCUUCAUCAACGUUCACUGAACAGCAGUGGUGACAGUCUCACCAAUCGAAGUUUUACCGAUAGUCCCAAAAGCACCAAUAAUAGCUUCAUGAAAUCAACACGGUCAGAAACAAACUUAUCUUUAUCACCUAUAUCCAUGAACAAAACAAGUCCAAUACAACCAAAUAAUAAUCUUUCCUUGACACCAUCUGGAGUUCUUGUUACUGAUUAUCGUCAAUCCAUGGUGAUGAAACGUAUUGUCAAUCCGCAAUGGAACAUUAUUCCUUUUGCAUAG